AUGGCACAUAGCGAUCGUCUACGACCCUCGCCACCUCCAACGUUUCCAGAUGAGGAUCUCGACACAGUCGACAUCAUCACCAAGAAACUCAACAUCCACAACCCAUACCGCGGAUACCCUCCUUGUGGUGUCCCCUGCCCCGAAGGCUCGAAUACGUUUCAUCUUGCGUUACGACGCGAAAAAUGGUGGCAGAUGCUACAAGAACACGCUUGGAGAGAAAAGGCCAUGAUGGAAAAGAUGCGUAGCGAGGAUGAGAGGAAAGAGAGGUUGCGACAGAUGUGCCAGAAAGAGGAAGAAGAGGCAAAGGUAGCGGAAGAGAUUGAGCAGAAGAAACAGAGGAAGGAUAGUCUUGUCGUUGAGGAAAAGCAUGUCGAGUAUGCAAAUACUGGUGACGGGAAUGAAGCAGAUGCUGCUACAUCUGCUAUCUGCAGCUCUCCAGAAGAAGGAAAUGGCGAGAUUCCGGCUCAGCAGAUAGAGGACAUCAAGGGAAGGAAGAAGAGUGCGGACAAGGGCAAAGGAAAGGCAUACGCGCAUGAGCACAAGGUACGGAGAGCGAAGCCCUUGAGUGGUGUCCGAACUUAUGCCAGGCAAGGAUCUGGGGCGAGUUGUUCGUCUUCCAAGACACCUAGUUAG